AUGUGUGGUUUUAGUGAUAAUUUUUAUCGUAAUUCAAAUGGUGGUUCAAGUAAUCGAUCAAGUGUGGUUCAAGUGAUCAAUCAAGUAGUCGUUCAAGUGGUUUUUCAUCGUAAUUCAAAUAGUAGUUCAAAUAGUAAAAGUAAUUGGUCAAAUGGUGGUCCAAGUAAUAUUUAA